AUUGUUUGGGCUGCUUUCGACGUCUACGACAUAUCAUUCACCGCUAAACCGCCCUUCCACCAACUUUUGUCCAUAGUCCGACAUGGCUUUGCCGGCGAUGGAGGAGGGAAAACUCCUAAGCGAAGCACUGAAUACGGUCAAAAUUCAAGUUCAACAAAUGAAGAGAAACCUGGAGCUUGAACAACUCAUGGAUGGCCUGAAGAGUGCAAGUGUAAUGCUCGCAGAGCUACGGACGUCUUCGCUAUCACCCAAACAAUACUACGAAUUAUAUAUGGCGGUUUUCGAUGCACUACGGCACCUCUCAAAUUACCUCUUCGAAGCGCACCAAGCGGGUCGGCAUCAUUUAGCGGAUUUGUACGAGCUCGUUCAAUACGCCGGCAACAUCAUACCGCGACUAUAUCUCAUGAUUACUGUUGGCUCCGUGUACAUGUCCAUACCCGAUGCACCAGUGAAGGAAAUCAUGAAAGAUAUGAUGGAGAUGUCUCGAGGCGUACUUCAUCCAAUCCGAGGUCUAUUCCUUCGUCACUAUCUCAGUGGGCAGACGAGGGACCACCUCCCUAUCGGCAUUGACACUGGCCCUGUGGGGAACCUACAGGAUUCUAUCUCAUUUGUCCUCACUAACUUCAUCGAAAUGAACAAACUUUGGGUCCGACUGCAACACCAAGGUCAUUCACGCGAUCGAGAGAAGCGAGAAAUGGAGCGCAGAGAACUUCGUAUCCUCGUUGGAACCAAUCUUGUUCGACUGAGUCAACUCGAUGGGGUGGAUUUAGAGAUGUACCAACGCAUCAUCUUACCGAGCAUUCUUGAGCAAGUCGUCAACUGCAAGGAUAUCAUCGCUCAGGAGUAUCUCAUGGAAGUUGUCAUACAAGUCUUCACGGACGAGUUUCAUCUGCACACGUUAGGGCCUUUCUUAUCGGCUACUGCGCAACUCCAUCCAAAAGUCAACAUUAAGCAAAUAGUAAUUGCGCUUAUUGAUCGGUUAGCGGCCUAUGCUGCGCGCGAGGCGGAAAGCGAGGACCCGGAGGAGACAAAGCGACAGGAAGAGGCUGCCGCAAGGCGUUUGGCAGAGAAAGUCAAGGCACAAAAGGCUCGGACGCGUGAAAGUGCACGAACUACGCGUGAUGAAGUUUCUGCGGAGGCAAGUGCCUGGGGAUCCUCCGACACCUCUCAUAUUGACGAUCCGGAGAAACCUAAUGGCGUGGCACACGUUACCAGCGACGAGAGCAAGGCCGAGGAAGGGAAGGGCAAGGAGAAGGAGCAAAAUGUCGGUGAGGAGAAAGAGAAGGAAGAUUCUGUGAAGAAGUUCAGGGGUGUUCCUGAAAGUGUGCAGCUUUUUGAGGUAUUUUGGAAACAGGUGGUCGAACUCAUCAAGGCCCGACCCGAUCUUUCAAUACAAGACGUAACUGCCCUCUUCGUCUCCCUCACCAACCUCUCCCUAAGUUGCUAUCCUGACCGCCUUGAAUAUGUCGAUCAAGUUCUGGCUUAUACUGCUGAGAAGGUCAAGGAAUUUUCUGACAGCCCCGACCUCCACACCCAACAAACCGCAUCGAAUCUCGCAGCACUCCUCGUCGCCCCCAUCAACUCCUACCAGUCAGUCCUGACUCUGCUGGCGAUACCAAACUACGCGCCUCUUCUUUCCAAACAACUUUUCUCCACUCGACGUUCAAUUGCACACUCGGUUAUCUCCUCGGUGCUGAAGAACGAGACGAUAAUUGAGACACCGGAAGACGUUGAUGGUGUCCUGGAGCUUUGCCAUGUCCUUAUCAAGGACCAAUCAGAUUCUGGAGCCCUGCAAGUUGCGGCUGGUCAGCCAAUAAAGGAUCCAAGAAGGCAGGGACCCUAUUACGAGCGGGAGGAAACAGCGGAAGAGCAGGGAUGGGUGGCAAGGAUGGUUCAUUUAUUCAAAGCGGAGCCUUUAGACGUCCAAUUUGAGCUCCUACAAACCGCGCGGAGACAUUUUGACCUUGGAGGUGAACGCAUGCGUUUUACCUUUCCUGCGCUAAUAACGUCGGCGGUAAAGCUAUGUCGGCGCUACAAGAAUCGGGAGCAUGUAGAGAACGAUUGGCAAACUAAAGUAGCGACUAUCCUCAAAUUUGUCCGACAGAUCACCUCUAUACUCGCUACACAAGUUGAAGCACCGACAAUCGCGCUCCGGCUCUUCCUUUUGUCUGCGCAGAUAUCGGACGAAUGCGGCUUCGAAGACCUGACGUACGACUUUUACGUUCAGGCGUUCAGCGUCUACGAAGAUAAUAUUUCCGAAUCGCGCGCGCAACUGCAGGCAAUAACCCUUAUUAUAGGGACCCUGAGUGGUGCCAAAGUGUUUGGAGUGGAUAACUACGAUACCCUCAUCACGAAAGCCGCUCUACAUGGUGCGAAAUUGCUCAAGAAGAGUCACCAAGCGACUGCAGUCGGGCUCGCUAGCCAUCUGUGGUGGCAAGAGGCACCACCAACUGAGGGCGAACCUUCUAAGGAAAUUCCCGAAAAGGCGAAAGAGGAUGGCGCAUCGGAAAGCGUGAAAGCUUAUCCACACCAAGACAGCAAACGCGUCUUGGAAUGCCUGCAGAAGUCACUGCGUAUUGCGACCUCGGCGAUUGAAGAAAUAGUCACUGUGCAGCUGUACUGUGAUACACUUGACCAUUACUUAUACUAUCUAGAUCGGGGUACUCCAGCCGUUGCACCCAAGUUCGUUAACAGUCUGGUGGAACUGAUUACCUCCAGCAUUGACAACGUUUCUUCUCCGGAUGUCCAUCCAUCCCAACGAGCGCCUCCGGGACUAAUCGAGGGUGUCCAAACUCCUGAGAUGAUAAUACGCCACUUCAGAAACACACUGUAUUAUAUACAGAGACGGAAGAACGCUGCGUCGGAAGGGUCGUCACCGAACGACUCGAGGUGGGAUGAAGUUGAGGUAGUUGGUGCGAUGCUGAAAAUGGGCGUUGGUCGGUAGGAUUGUAAGUACAUAUUGCCGAAUGUCAGCUCUAUCCAGUCCCUUCUUCGUAAUUUGUUUGUAUUUUAUUGGUGUUUUUGUCACACACUAUUUGGAAUAGCGUUUUUUUAACUUUCACUAAUUAUAAUAUACCAAGCGGGCGGUUUCCGAUUGCACU